AUGGCCUCCAGCGCAAGGGUUUCCUAUCCCCAUGCCGCGAUUCGAAAAGCCUGGGAAGGCAUGAACGCCUCAUGGUACCAUCGAGACGCAACUUUCGAGCUUACACGAUCGAUCAACGCGACGCUCAAGGUCUGGGAAUGCCUGGCCAUUGGGCUACUGGCCCUGGACCUCGUCAUCACCCUCUACGGCAUCGGCGCUAAGAUCCCCGACACCGUCCUUCACAUCCCCAACGAGGUUGCUCUCGUUUCCUUCACUGAGCUGAUUAUCCUUCUCCAGCUCCUGCAGAUACUGCUUCCCGUGUACCCCGCCGAGGAGUUUGCCAUGUUCGCCGUCCCCCAGAACAUGACCGACCAGACCGUGUGCAAGUGGGCCGCGGGCGUUUUCGGACUGCAGGAAGCAGAAUUCCGCGGCCGCCGGCGGGAUACCAACGCCAACGAUCUGUGUGCCUUUGGCGUCUUUCUCUUGCCGGCUGGUGCGACGGUCGCGUGGAAAUGGCGAAGACUUCGGCGUCGUCAGAGGCAGAUCAGGAUGGAAGAGCAAGCGGCGCUACUUUUGCGUGCUUUUCGGAUUUGGGACGUUGGGAGACUCGAUGAGCCGGGGUUCUAG